CCUGCCAGUGAUGGAUACGAUGACCGGCUCUCCAUGAUUUCCCCCGCAAUUUCACCCAGCAAUACUUAUCGAGACGGACGUUUUCGAUCAGCUACCCUACCUAUAUAACUGAAGAUACCUACUGGAUCAAAAGAAAAGCAGAUUUCAAUACCAUCUACCUACGUCGAGCGUGUACAUAUUUUUCACACUACCUAUGUCAUCGAGAUCACCGCCACCGUCGGCGGACAAGGAAAUCCUCGAUCUAUCUUCCGCCUCCAGCAGCUCAGACUCACCAAUAGCCUCAGCUCACCUCCUCCCAAAGCUACUCCCUCCAGACCGUAGCAUAACACCCGCCCCCGAUGGCCCCAUCUCGCCGCCCACCAGCUUCCUCACGCGUACGCGCGCGCGUCUGUGGUCGAACCGCGGGCUCUUCCUAAUCCUCAUAUCGCAAUUCUUCGGCAGUCUGAUGGCGCUCACGGCGCGGCUGCUCGAAAUCGGCCCGCAGAAAUUCCACGCGCUCCAGAUCCUCUUUGUGCGGCAAACCAUCACUGCGGCCGGCUGCUUUUUGUGGAUGUGGUACCGCAGUGUUCCGCAUGCGCCGCUGGGCGCAAAGGAAGUGCGGUGGUUGCUGGUGGCGAGAGGCCUGGGCGGAUUUUGGGGCGUGUUCGGACUGUAUUAUUCGCUCACGUAUCUGGAUCUGUCCGAUGCCACGGUGAUCACGUUUCUUGCGCCGAUUGUGGCGACGUGGGCCUGUAGUGUUGUCCCUGCGCUUAAGGAGCCGUUUACGAAACAUGAGUUUGGCGCCGCCAUGGUGAGUUUUGUUGGUGUUGUGUUGAUUGCCCGCCCCGGGAGUCUGUUUGCGAGUUCUGCGGGAGAGGUGGUGGCCGAGGAGAAGAAGAAAAAUCAGGGUGGUGGAGAGGAUGUAACUCCCCAUCAACGCCUGGUCGCUAUUCUGGUUGCGCUUGUCGGAGUUCUUGGAGCUGCCACUGCAUUCACGACUAUCCGCUGGAUCGGUAAGCGCGCACACCCGCUCAUCGCGGUUAACUACUUCGCAUCGUGGUGUGCAAUCGUAGCACUGGUCUCACUAUUAGCCAUACCACAAAUCGGCGGGAUCAUCUGGCCGGUGUCGUGGUACCAAUGGUUACUACUCAUUGGUAUCGGCGUUAGCGGGUUUAUCAUGCAGUUUUGUCUCACCGCCGGACUGCAGUUGGAGAAGGCGGGACGGGGAACGAAUAUGGUUUACAGCCAGAUGCUGUUUGCCCUGUUCUGGGAGAGGAUUGUUUGGGGGACUUCGCCCGGCUGGCUCAGUAUCGCCGGCAGUGCGCUGAUCCUCAGUUCCGCGGUGUAUGUUGGCACGCGGAAAUCGAAGGAGAAAGAGCCACCAGCGCCUACCAGAGAUGAGGAGAUCGGGUUGAUGACGGAUGUUCAAAAUGAUGAAAGUAGUCGUUGGGGAAGCUCCGAGGACCAGAGAAGGGCAUAAAUGGAUGAAUGACUUUUUGGAUAGACUCCAAUCAUGAUUGAAUGGAUAUACCUCUGUAUUUAGAAGCACUCUUAGUUAGGCGGCAUUUGAGCCCUUGAAGCAGUAGAUGACGCACAAGAAGAACAUGAAACCCUUA